CGAGGGGCCGUGUCGUCUGCUAGUCGUCUGCUAGGGCCGUGGUCUUUAGCUGUCAUGUCGGAGGGUGACUACGCUCACGAGUGUAUGCGAGCUGAACUUCUAGGACUGCCCAAGCCCGACAAAGAUUCCAUUCCUGCCCGCCCAGCAGCUUCAGAAGACGAAGAAUUCGACGUGACGAUGGCAGAAGGAGACCAGGCUAAAGUAGCGGCCGAGGAAACCGCAGAUCUGCAAGAUGAGCAGAUGAAAGGCAUGCGAGGUGGUUUGGAUGAGGUGCACAAUAUUUUAUCAAUAACUCAGAAAAAACUUAACAACCUCAAGUGUGGCAUUGGCAAUGUAGGAAGUAGUUUCAGUUCAAGCUUGAGUGGCAGUCUGAGUGGAGUCACAGGCUUCAUCAAGCAACGCGUUGGCAUUGGUGAAGGUGGUCCAUCUGGAAGUGAAAUUCCUGAAGCAGAAGAAUCAAUGGAGUCUGCUGGUCCUCCCUCCUCUGCGCUAGAAAAAAAUUGAUUUAAAUUUUUUUCUGCAGCAGAAGAAAGUGUGGAGUCAGAUGCUCUUCCUUCUGCAGUAGACAAACUGGAUGCCAUGAUUGGCAAAGCUGAGACAGCAGAAAUGAGAAUGGCUGCACAAAACAAGCAAAUGCGUCAAAUGUUGAACAAAUAGAAGUAGAUGGCAUACAUUUGAUUGCCAUCUUCGUGUGCCACAAAGCUAUAUUUCUGGACCCUAUUCCAUAAAAUAAGGUGUCUUAUGUGUUAUGGUCCCUUUAAAACACCAAGUACUCUAGUCAUCAAUAUUAAGAUUAAAUAUUUAAUUUGGUACCUGCUUUAGUUUUCUUAUUACAGUAUUAUGAAGCAGUUUAGUAAACUACCCAAUGCUUUUGAGCAGUUGCUGCACAUAUUUAAAUGUGUACUUCAUUAUUGUAUUAUUACAUAAUUAAUUACCUAAGCUUUUUUCUGAGAGUGUUUCAUUUAAUGUGUAUUUUGAGCUAUACGCAAGAUCAAAACUUCUAUUGUGCUUUAAUACAGGCACCCUUUGUUAUGACUCAUUGUACUUACCAAAUAUUAAUUUAGAGUUCCAGGUCUGUUUGAGAGAGUUUGUUUAGCUAAUUCUCUAGCACAUCUUAUGGAGUUGACCAUGGGUUCAAGGCCUGUACAAUUUCAAGUCUUCUCUCAUUUUUCAGAAGAUAGUUACCCUAUUUUAUUGUGAUAGUUUAUGUUUUAAGAUCUCAGUUUAUUAUGUUGGAAACAUUUUUGUUUUGAUAUUAUACCAACAAUUCCAUUUUGUGUACUGACAAUUGAAUGUGUGUCAUCAAAGCAAUCAAAAUUAAGCAAGAUGUAUUGCAAAUGGUUGCCUUUCAAAACUAUUUUUCUCAAAAGAUUCACAUUAGUCACAUUUUCAUGUCAUAAGACCUAAAAUUUGGCUGGGAUCAUAACUGAUGUUCAACCCAACAAAUUUUGCAUAUCAGUGUCUGAUGAAUGCAAUAAUCUAUUGGUGCAUGGAACACUUCUCUUUUUAUGAAUAUGUAGGGACAAACCUUGCACUAAUUUAGAAGUGUAUCCUACACGUGUUCGUAAUUUUAUUCAGUAUACAACUUUUGUGACCUAGUGAAUUUUCCUACUUGCAAAGUUAAAGAGGAUUAUUCUACAGCAGAUACAGUUAUUUUCUAAAGUAACUCAGUUGAUUCUUGUCAGUGUUUUAUCUCAAUACUAUGUAUUUACAUUGUUUUCCUUUUGAAAAAAGUACCUUUACCAGUUAGUAAGUUUGAGGCUAAAUGUAGCUUAAUUACAUAUGCUGUAUUUAUGCACUAUGUGUAUAUGUGUGAUAUACAUGUAAAUUUGUAAAAGUGUGCAAUGCACAGAUUGUUUUAUGUUACCGAAAACUAUCUAUUAGCUUCUUACUUCAUUUUAUGUUUCCUGUGUUAGUGAUUUUAUUGUCUUUCCCUGAUGUUUUAUUAAAAUAUGUUUGAUUUUAUAUUCCAUUGGAAUGAGACUAAGUCAACAAAACAUGAUCAAUAUGAAACUUCACUGAUGGUCUUGUUAUGACUUUUGUUUAUGUAAUCUACUUUUGAGACAAUGCUGCCAGUUUAUUAUAUCUCAUCCCUUUGGAUAAAUAUAUAUAUCAACAUAAUUUUAGGACAACACAACAUAUUUCUAUUUGUUUGAGUAUACCUCAUUUUAUAUCAUCGUAGGCAUAAAUAUGUUUAGCUUUCCUGUCUACUUUGAAUAGAUAGCUAGCGAAAAGGGAUUUUAUAAAAUACUGUUCGUAAAAAAUAUGAGCACACUAGCAUGUUCCUUAUUGCUAGUUUCCAACCUUUCAAAGAUUAAGGUAACAUUUGAGCUAUUCUAAAGCUUAAAAUAUAUAUUCUCUUUUCCUUAUCUAUGUUAUUUCCACUCUACUUGGUCGUCUCAAUACUACGUGCUAGUCAUUCUGCGGUUUGAAAUGUUAUUCAUUGCAUUAGAAGCGUGAAGGUAUGUGAAGUGUAUGUGAAGGAGGCUAGAGCAGAAAGUACAACAUAAAUUGAAGUAAUUUUGAUUUGACUGCAGAGCAUGGUAAUUUCUUAAAAUUUGAAUGAAUCCUACUUCAGGUAUGGUGCAUAUCAGAGUGCUAAAUCUUGAGAGAGGGACUAACAAAGUGUCAGUCAGUUAUUCAUUUCAAUGGCGAGUUUGCUGUUCUUUGUUGUGUUCUCUACUCUUAAUUGAAUGUUUGCCAGUUUGAACUCCAUCUUGCUCUGUUUGAACUCCAUCUUGCUCUGAUUCUGGCAGCUGCUUCUCAUUACUUUUUACUUUACUGUCACAGACCUUCAACAUUUUGCAUCCUAAACUAAUACCUUUUAGCACUAUCAAAAUUGAGAGCAAUAAGAAAAGGACUUAUGUAGACUGAUGUUAGUUCCUUCUUCGCUUAGACUAUUUUUUAUUGUUAUAAUAAUUACUUCAAUUUUGCCUUAUAACUAAGCACUAUGAUAAUAAUGAACUCACUCAUUAAUCUCCCUAUAUAUAAGCUUUAUAAAAAUGGUACUAUUUUUUUCCUCUCACAUUGUUUUCUCUUGGAUGUCCCUUCUUAGGAGGCAUACUGGAUUAUUGUUGGUUGUUGAUUGUCUCUAAUGCAUUA